AAUCAAGUAGAUCUGACAGGCACGUAGGCAGACACGGGAAUGGACUUGAUGCACGUAGUCGUGGCCGGCCACACCCUGGCCGUGGUCGAGCGCGAUGAUACGCACGACCCGGCCACCGGCCGCGCGCUUACCGGUUCGUGGCUGUGGGACUCCUCCCUCGUCCUCGCCUCCCAUCUCGCCACCUGCUCCUCCGCCCGGCUCCAGCUCCAAGGCGCCACCGUCCUCGAGCUCGGCGCCGGCACCGGCCUCCCGGGCAUCGCAGCCGUCGCCUGCCUCAGCGCCGCGCGCUGCGUGCUCACGGACGUGCAGCCGCUGCUGCCGGGCCUCAGGGCCAACGUGGAGGCCAACGGGCUUACCGCCGCGCAGGCUGACGUGCGUGAGCUCAGGUGGGGUGAUCAGCUCGAGCCAGAGCUGACAGUGGACGUGGUGCUCAUGUCGGACGUGUUCUACGACCCGGAGGACAUGCCGGCGAUGGCGGCCACGCUGCGGGGGCUGUGGCGGCAUGGCGGCGGUGGCACGGUGGGGUGGGCGGCAAGCGAGGUGCGGGACGGGGUGCAGGAGUGCAUGGACGUGCUACGGGAGCAAGGCUUCGCGGUAGCCGAGGUCGACAGGGUCACCCGGCCGCUGCUGCGCGACCCCGAGCAGAAGGCCGCCUUCGCCGUCUAUCGUGUCUCACGCAGAUAACAGGAGGGGAGUUGACUUCUAUUUGUUACGUGAAGCUUCUAAACAAUCCACUUGUCACCUUUGACUUUGACAUUUCCUGUGCAGUAAGUCAUUUUCAUUUUUCAUUAUUCACUUUCUUCCGAACUGGUAAUUCGGCCCAGU